UUUACCUAUUUGGAUCCUUUGAUCUUUCUACAAGGGGAAAGCUAUGACAGGAGGCGAGGACAUAGUCGUAUCUCCUCAAAUUCAGGUGAUAAUUGAUAAAUUGAAAUCACCGAUGCUACAUGAUUUUGGAUCAAAGUGGGGUGUUGAAAUAGAGUUGAAGCAACUGUAUGAUACGGCUAGCAGGAUCUACGCGAUGAUCGAUGUCUUGGAGGAGAAGCAAAGAAAGGAUGGUCUGUUGAGAGUUCAUCUUGAAUUUCUUCGAAGUAGUGCUUAUUGUACUGAUGAUUUACUGGAUGAAUUCAUCUACGAAGUUCUGAAAGAGAAAGAUGAAAGUAUUCCAAGCACGAACCACAAGCAGGAGGAAGUUGGGGAGAACUAUCACUUUGGGAUGUGAAAGUCUGAAAUGGCUCAAGACUAGAAGGUCAAAUCUGUGAACCCAAAUAUCAACAUGGAUGCCACCAGUAAAUGACUAUUAUAAAAUCAAUACUGAUGGAGGAUUUUUGGAGAACAAAAAGUUCUUUUGGUGUGGUGAUAAGAGACAGCAGAGGUUCUUUU